UUAAAUUGACGGCCAGCCCUAACCUAAAAAUUCAAAAGACUAAGUAUUUUUUAUAUUUUGUGUGAUCUAAGAAUAACAAAAUUUCAUCAAAAUGACGAUUCUAAAUAUAGUUCGAAUACGAAGUAUAUCAAACAUACUCAAGAAAUCAAGCAGUUUCCAAAUUGAAGUAAAUAAGAACUAUGCAUCACAUGUCAAAUAUGCAGAACACAAGCCAUUGGAAAAAAUCAGGAACAUUGGUAUAUCAGCUCACAUAGACUCUGGAAAAACUACACUUACAGAAAGAAUAUUGUUUUAUACAGGCAGAAUAGAACAAAUGCAUGAGGUAAAAGGCAAAGACAAUGUAGGUGCAGUGAUGGACUCCAUGGAACUGGAAAGGCAGAGAGGCAUCACAAUACAGUCUGCAGCCACUUAUACUGUAUGGAAAGACCAUAAUAUCAACAUUAUUGACACACCGGGACAUGUAGACUUCACUGUAGAGGUAGAGAGAGCUUUAAGGGUUUUGGAUGGGGCAGUUUUAGUGUUAUGUGCUGUGGGUGGAGUCCAGAGUCAAACAUUAACAGUUAAUAGACAGAUGAAGAGGUAUAAUGUGCCUUGCUUAGGAUUUAUUAACAAGCUGGAUAGAUUGGGGGCUAAUCCUGAUAGAGUAUUAAAACAAAUGCGAUCCAAAAUGAAGCAUAAUGCUGCAUUCCUCCAUCUACCGAUCGGCUUAGAGAAAGAGUGCCAAGGGAUAUUGGACCUUGUGGAAGAGAGGGCGGUGUACUUCGACGGCGACUACGGCGAGGUGGUACGGCUAGAUGAGGUCCCUCAGAACAAAAGAGCUGAGGUCAAGGAGAGACGACACGAGCUCAUUGAGCAGCUGUCCAAUGUGGACGAGUCUUUGGGUGAAUUGUUUCUUGAAGAAAAAACUCCCACAGUAGCAGAAAUAAAACAAGCAAUACGCCGAACUACUUUAAAGCGUACAUUCACACCGAUUCUUUUGGGGACUGCACUUAAAAACAAGGGUGUACAACCCUUAUUAGAUGCUGUCUUAGAUUACUUGCCACACCCGGGGGAAGUAGAAAACACAGCCAUUUUGGGUGAAAGGAAAGGUUUGGAAGGUGAAACGAUAGUUCUGGAUCCUUCUAGAAAUGGAUCGAAGCCAUUUGUGGGGUUGGCAUUUAAGUUAGAGCUGAAUAAGUUUGGACAGCUAACAUAUUUGAGGUGUUACCAGGGCAUGUUGAAAAGAGGCGAGAAUAUUUUCAAUACUAGGACUCAAAGGAAGGUCAAAAUCUCCCGUCUAGUACGGAUGCAUUCAAACAAUAUGGAAGAAGUUAACGAGGUGCUAGCGGGCGAUAUCUUCGCGUUGUUCGGCGUCGACUGCGCGUCGGGGGACACGUUUGUGAAUGACGUCAAACUACAGCUGUCUAUGGAAUCCAUCCAUAUACCGGAUCCAGUGGUAUCCAUGUCUAUUAAGCCAAAGAAUAAUAAGGAUAGGGAUAAUUUUUCGAAAGCUGUUGCAAGAUUCACAAAAGAAGACCCGACAUUCCACUUCCGUUACGACGGCGACAACAAAGAGACAGUUGUAUCCGGUAUGGGGGAAUUGCAUCUAGAAAUCUACGCGCAAAGAAUGGAGAGAGAAUACAAUUGCCCCGUCGAGUUGGGAAAACCUAAAGUUGCGUUCAGAGAAACUAUGAUGUCGCCGUGUCCUUUUGACUACCUUCACAAGAAGCAAUCCGGAGGUGCGGGUCAAUACGCCCGAGUUACUGGAAUCAUGGAGCCUUUACCGCCGCAUCAAAACACAAUGCUAGAAUUCGUGGACGAAACAAUAGGCACGAACAUUCCAAAGCAAUUCGUACCGGGUGUUGAGAAAGGAUUCAUCGACACUUGCCAGAAAGGAUACCUGUCGGGACAUAAGAUAUCUGGCGUUAAAUUCCGGCUACAAGAUGGCGCGCAUCAUAUCGUGGAUUCCAGUGAAUUGGCUUUCUUUCUUGCUGCGAAAGGGGCGGUUAAAGAAGUAUUCGAAGAUGGCGCAUGGCAGAUCUUAGAACCCAUAAUGUUCGUAGAAGUGACAAUACCCGAGGAAUUCCACGGCACAGUAUUAGGGCAACUGAACAAACGAGGGGGAAUUGUCACGGGCACUGAAGGUUUGGAAGGAUGGACCACUUUGUAUGCUGAAGUACCCUUGAACAAUAUGUUUGGAUAUGCUGGGGAAUUGAGAUCAAUGACGCAAGGCAAAGGUGAAUUCAGUAUGGAAUACAGUCGCUACUCGCCCUGCCUGCCCGAUAUCCAGGAGCAGUUAAUACGAAAGUAUCAAGAGGAGAUGGGCUUACUACACGACCAAAAGAAGAAAAAAAACUAACCGCCUAGCAAAUACUUAGAACAAUUUAGUGAUAUUUAAUUUUAAGUUGUAAGUACGUAUUUAAUUUAAUUAUUAAUAAUAAUUAAUAUAAUGUGAAUUUAAUAAUUU